AUGUCAAAAGGUAUCAUUGUGGCUGGAGGCGAUGGACAAGGUAGCGGAUUGAGUCAACUCAGUAAACCACUCGGUUUAUAUGUGGAUGAUGAUCUAACGAUCUAUGUAGCUGAUUGGGAGAAUAGUCGUAUUAUGGAAUGGAAGUGUGAUGCGACAAUUGGGCAGAUAGUAGCAGGUGGAAAUGGAGACGGAAGCCAGAUGAAUCAGUUAAAAGGUCCAACCGUUGUCAUUGUCGAUAAACCGAGUAAUAGCUUCAUAAUAUGCGACUCUUGGAACAAUCGAGUGAUGCGAUGGCUUCGCCAAGUCGGCACAAAUGGUGAAGUAAUCAUGUCAAACAUUAAUUGCUGGGGCUUGGCAACAGACGAUCGGGGAUUUUUCUAUAUAACGGAUGCUGAAAAUCAUAGUGUGAAACGAUUUAUACCGGGAGACAGUCUAGGAACAGUGGUGGCUGGUGGCAAUGGACAAGGCAACCGUCUCGAUCAACUCAAUACUCCUAAGUACCUGUUCAUUGAUCGAGAUUAUUCAAUAUAUGUGUCCGAUAGAAGUAACCAUCGUGUUAUGAAAUGGAUAGAAGGCGCCAAACAAGGCAUUGUUGUGGCCGGUGGUCAAGGCGAAGGCAAUAGUCUUACACAGCUGUCGCGUCCUCAAGGAGUAGUCGUCGAUCAGCUAGGCACUGUCUAUGUAGCAGACUAUGGGAAUAAUCGGGUUAUGCGUUGGAUCAGAGGAGCUGCACGAGGAACUGUUAUUGUCGGUAAAGGUGCGAAAGCAACCCAUCUUGAUAAACCUGUUGGCUUGUCGUUCGAUCGACAGGGCAACCUUUAUGUUUCCAGUUACGGUAAUCAUCGAAUACUCAAGUUCAACAUCGAUCCGAGUUCUUGUUCUUAG